AUGAUAAUCGAUUUUAUCGAUUUACAGUGGGACAGCUGUGCUUUACCAGAGUCGCAGGAUUAUUCUCACUGUCGAUGCGCUUUAGCCUUUGUCUACCAGGCGAUUGCCGUUGUCGACAAGUACUAUCGAAUGGAUAAAAUCACUGAUAUUCAGCUGAAAUUUGAUACAGCACGUUUCCGCUGCAAAACCUUGUGCAAUCUUAAUCGUAUAAGGACAGAUAGAUACGAGACGAGGACGCAGCUGGAUGUAUUUGAAUCACUUAUGAAGAAAGCGGCGAGCGGUGGCGAAAUACUUGAAGACCUAAAGGAGGCGGUCGAUACAACCAAAACCCUCCUGCCUCCAGUUCACAUUUCAAGAAAACGAAGAGGCGCGGACAGCAAAGGAACAUUCGAGCCGACUCCCACUGAGUCAGACAAGGUGUGCAUCUGUGCGUUCGACAGAGUCACUCACGAUGCGUGGCCUUGCCAUCCGAAGAAUGUUUGGCAGAACACCACAUGUCAGUUCUGUGACGACCACAUGUUUUGUCAGAAGUAUUCAAAGAACGGCGAACGGCAGAAUGCGCCAUGCCUUUGUGGGAAUGGCGAGGCUUUUUGCAUGAGAUAUGAUCGGAUGGCGAAGUUAUUGAAUUUGUGGGAAUUCUUCACGGAAGUGGAAAAGGUUACGAACAUCUCAGGCGACGAGAUUGAGGCACUGGGAUUCGGGGAUUCAGCUGAUUGUUUGGCGUAUGGAAGGUCAGGAGAUCCACUUUGCGGCGACUCGAAGUAA